GUAGCGGAGGACACGCGGGCGUCAGCAGCGCGCGAGAGAAAGAGCGGGAGGAGAGAGAAGAUAGUGACUGCAGUUGCACGUUCCCUCUCGAUAUUGGAUCUAUGUUGUUGUAAGAGCAUCUGUAACCGGUAGGAAAGGAGUGGGGAAGAGGAGGUAUACACUAACUCACCAAGGAAAGACCUAUGCUUGGAUUUUGCCUCCUUUUUCUUCGCCAAUGCAAAAGGAAAUAUGCAGCGAAGCUUCACCCUCCUGUACACCAGUUUUCUGGGGAUGUGCUUGGGUUCAAGUUUUCCAAGUAACAUCAAUAUAGGGGGACUAUUCCCAACCGAAUCUCACGAAUAUGACGUGUUUCGGUUCGCGCUCUCGCACCACCAGGAUAUCCCCAAACUGGUGCCGCAGGUGGAUAUGGUCAAGAAAGGCAACAGCUUCUCCAUGACAUAUGCCUUCUGUUCCCAGUUCUCUAAAGGUGUCUAUGCUAUCAUUGGCCUCUACGACAGGAAGACGGUCAACAUGCUGAUGUCGUUCUGCGGGGCGCUGCACGUGUGUUUUGUCACGCCUUCCUUCCCCAUCGAGACGGCCAACCAGUUUGUGAUCCAGCUGAGACCCGAGCUACAGGACACUCUGGUGGGGGUCAUAGACCACUACGGAUGGACCAAGUUCGUCUACAUGUACAGUUCUGACUCCGGCCUGUCUGUGCUGCAGAAGGUCCUGGACACGGCUGCUGAAAGGAGCUGGCUGGUGACGUCUGUCAACGUAGAGACCAUGACGGAGGCCUCAUUCCUCAAGGUGUUUCAAGACCUGGACAAGAGGAAGGAGGGACAGAUCAUCAUUGACUGUGAGACCGAAAGACUCACCUCCAUCCUCAAAAAGAUCGUUGAACAGGGGAAGAAUGCUAAGAGUUACCACUACAUCCUGGCCAACCUGGGUUUUCUGGACAUUGACCUAACGGACCUGAGGAAAGGUGGGGCGAACAUCACAGGCUUCCAUCUGGUCAACUACACAGAGCAGAACGUCAGUCGUACCAUUCAGCAGUGGAUGGAGUUCGAAAACAAAGACGCCAAGAUCCCCAAGAGACGCCUGAAGUACACCGGAGCAUUGACAUAUGACGGAGUGAAGGUGAUGUCUACAGCAUUCCAGAACCUCCGGAAACAGAGGAUAGACAUCUCUCGCCGUGGUAACGCAGGCGAAUGCCUCGCCAACCCGCCCGCACCCUGGGGCCAAGGCAUAGAUAUACAGAGAGCUCUGCAACAGGUGCGUAUCGAUGGCCUGACAGGUCAUAUCCAGUUCAAUGAGAAAGGACGCAGGACCAACUUCACUGUCAGUGUCAUGGAGCUAGCCCCCUCUGGACCUAAGAAGGUGGGCUACUGGAACGAGGACGAGAAGUAUGUGAGCACAGCCACCUUCAUGAGAGGAACCAACGACAGCAGCUACGGCCUACAGAACAGGACCUACAUAGUUACCACCAUCCUGGAAUCCCCAUACGUGAUGCUGAAGAAGAACCAUGAUCAGCUGUCAGGGAACGAUAAGUACGAGGGCUACAUCGUGGAGCUAGCGGCUGAGAUUGCCAAGCACGUUGGAUACCACUACAAACUGAAGGUGGUCUCAGAUGGGAAGUAUGGAGCCAGAGACCCCGAGACCAAGAUGUGGAACGGCAUGGUCGGAGAGCUGGUGUACGGGAAAGCAGACGUGGCGGUGGCCCCGCUGACCAUCACCCUGGUCCGAGAAGAAGUGAUCGACUUCUCCAAGCCAUUCAUGUCUCUGGGCAUCUCCAUCAUGAUAAAGAAGCCCACCAAGUCUAAACCAGGUGUCUUCUCCUUCCUGGACCCGCUGGCCUAUGAGAUCUGGAUGUGUAUCGUGUUCGCCUACAUCGGUGUGAGCGUGGUCCUGUUCCUGGUGAGCCGCUUCAGCCCCUACGAGUGGCACGCAGAGGACUAUGAGGAGGAGGCCGACCCCCAGACCCCAACCCAGCCGACGGGGCCCGGUGCUGGGCUACAGUCGGGGCAGAACCCUGGUCAGCCAGGCCAGAACCAGCAGAAUCAGGAACAGACCAACGAGUUUGGCAUCUUCAACUCUCUCUGGUUCUCCCUGGGAGCCUUCAUGCAGCAGGGAUGCGACAUCUCACCCAGGUCUCUGUCAGGGCGGAUAGUGGGGGGCGUGUGGUGGUUCUUCACUCUCAUCAUCAUCUCGUCCUACACGGCCAACCUGGUUGUUUCUCCCUCUAGGUCUCUGUCAGGGCGGCUAGUGGGGGGUGUGUGGUGGUUCUUCACUCUCAUCAUCAUCUCGUCCUACACGGCCAACCUGGUUGUUUCUCCCUCUAGGUCUCUGUCAGGGCGGAUAGUGGGGGGCGUGUGGUGGUUCUUCACUCUCAUCAUCAUCUCGUCCUACACGGCCAACCUGGCUGCUUUCCUCACCGUGGAGAGGAUGGUGUCCCCCAUAGAGAGUGCUGAGGACCUGGCUAAACAGACUGAGAUCGCCUACGGAACUCUGGAUGCUGGUUCCACCAAGGAGUUCUUCAGGCGGUCUAAGAUCGCGGUGUUUGAGAAGAUGUGGUCGUACAUGAAGUCGGCCGACCCCUCAGUGUUUGUGAAGACCACAGACGAGGGAGUGAUGAGGGUCAGGAAGUCCAAAGGGAGGUAUGCCUACCUGUUAGAGUCCACCAUGAACGAGUACAUCGAGCAGAGGAAACCCUGUGACACCAUGAAGGUGGGGGGGAACCUGGACUCUAAAGGAUACGGUAUCGCCACGCCCAAGGGCUCACCCCUCAGAAACCCUGUUAACCUGGCCGUGUUAAAACUGAACGAGCAAGGCCUGUUGGACAAACUGAAAAACAAAUGGUGGUACGACAAGGGCGAGUGUGGCAGCGGGGGCGGGGACUCCAAGGAUAAGACAAGUGCGUUGAGCCUGAGCAACGUGGCCGGAGUGUUCUACAUUCUGAUUGGAGGGCUGGGCCUGGCCAUGCUGGUGGCGUUGGUGGAGUUCUGCUACAAGUCGCGAACCGAGUCUCAGAGAAUGAAGCAGAACGUCAACGACGCCAUGCACUGCUCCUCAAUGACCAGAAUGAGUGGGAACGGGAACGGGGGAGGUGAAGGUGGAGGUGGAGGAGAGAACGGACGCAUCCUAACUCACGACUUCCCUGAAACAGUCCAGACUCUCUCCUGCAUGAGCCACACCGCCAGCAUGGGGCUCAGCGCCUCCGGCAUGUGAUCACAUGACUUGGCACAAGGGGCUGAGCAGGAGACUUACAAAGAUGGCCACAUUAAUGGUGACAUUGACCUUAUGAACAUGGCCCUCUUUCUGACCCGUUUGUUUGUGUGGCGGCUGCGUGCUGUGUGCCGGAGACGGAUGCGCUCUGAAAUCACUCACUACAAACAGGGGAAACAUGUAGAUGGAGUAUAGAAAUGAACAGAAAAGAAGAUAAGGAAAAUGUUUUGAAAAAGGAGCCAUGUGGAGGGAUGUGAUGUUUUUUGAUUAUUUUAUCAUGAUUUUUUUUUUAAAGGUGUUCCUUUCUGUGUAAAAAAGAGAACAAUCCCGUAAAUACCGCCUGCCCUGCCCUGACCUCUUCUGCCCUGCCCUGACCUCUUCUGCCCUGCCCUGACCUCUUCUGCCCUGCCCUGACCUCUUCUGCCCUGACCUCUUCUGCCCUGCCCUGACCUCUCCUGCCC